CUAGAAGACUUAAAAGCACUCCAUCGAGCGCUCUCGCAUCAAUUGCCUUAGCUGCAGAUCAGGGAAACGGUUGAUUGCCCAUCCCCGGUCGCUCGUUUGUUCUCUCUCCCCGUUUCGAGUCGUUUCCAUAAUGCCGAAACUCUUCCUCUUUGGCCUCCCGGCCGGGUCUCUUGUCGCUCUCUUCUGCGUCUUGCUCGCGCCACUAAUAUGGAUCGCGCCCGACUUACACCUGACCCCCUUCAAAUCGCACCUGGGUAGACGCCCGGAUUUUUGCGCCGACGGGUGCAUCUCGGACUGCGAUGCCCAUGCUGAGUGUGGCGAGUUCGCCUUACCGGCUAACAAGACAUGUCCACUGAACGUGUGUUGUUCGGAAUUUGGAUUCUGUGGCACUACGACCGACUUCUGGUUCGUUCUCUGGUCCCAUCUCGAAAAGAAAGCUGAGAGCAACUGCGUCGAACACCCCAAACCUCCGGCUGCCGCCACCGGCAAGGCCCUCUCUAGAGGCGAUUGGCUAGUAAUUGGUUACUACGAGGGGUGGAAUGCCCGGUCGAAAUGUCAUCAAACGAAGCCUGAAGACUUGCCGCGUGGCUGGACUUUCUCGGAUAACAAUACGGCGACGCAGCCGUUGCUUGGUAUUAUCUCGGCCGACGAGGGGAAGCGCGCCAAGUUUGUCUCCAACACGAUGAAAUUUCUGAACCGUCAUGGCUUUGACGGCUUUGAUUUGGACUGUGCUUGGCUCGACAUUACAUUGAAGCUGACAAAGGGCGUUAUAACAGGGAACACCCAGGCGCCCCUGACCGCGGGAGGCCAUGGCCGCAGUCUCGAGCUGACUUUCACCAUCCCGGCAUCCUACUGGUACCUCCGGUGGUUUGACGUCCCGGAACUGCUCAAAUAUGCCGACUGGACGAAUUUUAUGAGCUACGAUAUCCAUGGGAUUUGGGAUCGUGAGAGCCAAAUCGGGAGCAUUGUGCAGCGACAUACAAACCUCACCGAGAUCAAGUUCGCAGCCGCGCUCCUCUGGCGCAACAACGUCAAUCCAUCGAAAGUCACUCUCGGUUACGGUUUCUACGGGCAAUCUUUCACGCUCGCAGACCCGUCAUGCUCCAAGCCCGGGUGCGUCUUCAGCGAUGCAGCCAAGCCCGGAGUGUGCACCGGCACUGGCGGCUACCUGGCGUACUACGAGCUGAUGGACAUCCUGGGCAAGAAAGACAUCACCCCCGUGUGGGACAAGGAGGCCGCCGUCAAGUACUUCAAUUUCGACAGCGGCCAGUGGGUGUCGUUCGACGACAAGGAGACGUUCAAGCAGAAGCUGGACUGGGCCAACGAUGUGGGCCUCUCGGGCGCGCUGAUCUGGGCUAGCGAUCUGGACGACUAUGACUUCUCGGCGCACACGGGCCUGUUGGGGGAGGACUUCGCUAGCAACAUCAAGAUCCGUGAGGAGACGAUCAGCGCGGCACUCAGCGAGGCCGAGGCGAUAACGGCGAUGGAUGCGAGUCUCGACACCUCGUGCUACCGCGUCAAGGACUGUGUGUCUAUUGGAAUGUUUCAUUGUGACAAGGGGUAUUCGCAGAUGGGUUGGGAUCUAGAAGGGUGCCAGGCCAACUGGCCAUUUUUAUAUGGCGGCUUCGGGAGACCGAUAUGCUGUAAGACGGCCGUGGCACCCGAAAAGUGCAUGUGGCGAGGCGACGGGUUAGACUGUAACGGACAGUGCCACGAUGGCGAAGCUACGCUCUACAAGUCCAAGAACGGCGGCGCGUUCUCAAGUAAGGGGACUGUUGAACUGCAAGAUCUUAGGCCGUGUAAUCGUGGUGAGAAGGCAUUCUGCUGCAUGCAGAACAACUUUGCACAGCUUACAAAUGGCUGCUACUGGUCCGACUGCGGCGACAAGUGCAAGUACGGCGAGCUCGACAUUGCAUCUACAAUAGACCUCGACGGCAAAUGCAACAGCAAACAUAAUGGCAGGCACUACUGCUGCAAGGGCAUCGAUAAACCGCUGACGAACUGCCACUGGGUAGGCCAGGGUGACUGUGCGGACAACACUUGUAAUGCGAAGGAGGUGACUCUAGCUAGGGACUCGAUUGGAGACAACAAGUGGAACGCGUGCUUGUGGAGGCGCAAGAAAGAUUUGUGCUGCACAGUCAACACCCAGGUCACCGAAUAUAAGUGCGCCCGUCAAACAUGUGACUACGACGGCGAUUUCCGCUGCGACAUAGAUCCCGAAGCUGAUGACGAGUCGCUCGACGAAACUGAUGAGAACGGGAAUGAUCUCCCAGAAGAUGAAGUCGCUGCCCGGUCUGAGCUGCUCGCUGGCAAGGACAAGGGCAAGGGCAAGGCUAAGGUGUUCAAGAUAGAACUCGUCAUCGACAACAUCAAUUUUAUCGCCACACUUGUCUCUCGCCUAUGGCCCGGUGCCACGCAUCUGCACGACCGCCAGCGAGGCCGUAAUGCCGUGCCGGCAAGCGACCUCAUUUUCCAGCCUGACCGCAGCACUUGCUCGUCGACCGAGAUCAUCGUAACCAGGCGGAAAGACUGGACCAAGAAAGAGAUCGAGGACAAACUUGACACAGAACACAACCCAGAUGCUCAGUACUCUCGCGACCUCUUCAAAACAUUGGGGACUGGAGCCCUCCCCAAUGGCCAGAACAGCACGCAGCCAGUCGUGCCGUUCGGGUCGCAGGGCAACCGCAGCCCCAUGCUACUCGCGGACCGCGAGAUGAACCAGUUCAAGGGGCGCAUCUUUAACAUCGAACAGGACGCGAUGGCUAGUGACACAUUUAGAGACAACCUGGCUGAGGUCAUGAACAACAACUUCCACGGCCUCCUGGACGAGCAGGCGGCCAUCGAAAGACUCUUCAACCCGAUCCGCAUCACCAUCGCCGUCUUCCGCUACAUCCGCCACCCGGACGUGCUGCCCGUCAUCCAGGGCAACAGGCGCAAACUGCUGGAGGCGACGCAGCGCAUCUCGGCCAACGUGCUCACGCUCGGGAACGCGCACGCGCUGCACGAGGAGUUCGACUCCCUGUGA